AUGAAAAAAUCAUUUCCAUUAAGUUAUCGAACAAAAAAGAGGAGAAUUAAUAAAGAGUUAGAAGCGCAUUAUAAUUCUGUACAAGAUAAUUCUUUUUUUAUUGAUAACUCUCCUAGUAAUUUAUCACAAAUUACAGAAAAUAAUAUAGUUGAAACGAAUAAUAGCCCAAACAAUAAUGAUUUUGUAUCAGAUGAUAGCUUAACGGAUAAUAUCAAUAAGACUCAAAAUUAUAAUUUAAAUACUGAACAUUUUAAUGAUCUGUUAAACUUAAAUACUUCAACUGAUGGUGAUUUUAUAUAUUUUGAUACAGACAAAUCUUUUUGUUUUGAGUUAGCUGAUUGGUCAAUACAAAACAAAAUUGCACAUACUGCUUUAAAUAGUCUCCUAUUAAUUUUAAGAAAACAUAAAUGUUUUUCUACUUUGCCCAAAGAUGCUAGAACUAUUUUACACACAAAAUCAGUAGAGUUAUGUAAAAUGCGAAUUGUUGAUCCUGGUAAAUAUUACCAUUUUGGAAUCGAAAAUGGAAUUAAUAGAUACUUUUCUACUUUUAAUAAAACUGAUCAAUCUUCAAAAGAAAUAAAUCUUGUUAUUGGCAUCGAUGGAUUGCCUAUUUCUAAAAGCAAUUCCAAUCAAUUUUGGCCCAUUUUAGCUUAUGUGAGGUCAAAAUGUAAUGUUGUUUUUCCAGUUGGACUAUAUUUUGGUACUGAAAAGCCAAAUGAUAGCAAUGAAUUUUUAAAAGAUUUUGUAGACGAAGCAAAACAUUUAGUUGAAAAUGGUCUAGUGAUUAAUAAUAGUAUUUAUAAGAUAUUAUUAGAUGUUUUUUGUUGCGAUGCUCCCGCAAAGGCAUUCAUUUUGAAAAUAAAAGGUCAUAAUGGUUUUUCUUCUUGCGCAAGAUGUGAAAUUGAAGGAGAGUAUAAAGAGAAUCGGCUAUGUUUUCCUUAUUGUGAUAUUUCCAAGCGAGAAGCCAAACGAACGCAUAAUAAUUAUGUUCAUCAAACUGAUAUAAAUCACCAUUCACCAUAUACUACUAUUUCAAGGAUUGUAGAAAUAUCUGGUGUGGAUGUUGUAUCAUCUUUCUCCCUUGAUUACAUGCAUCUAGUAACUCUUGGUGUAAUGAAAAAACUUUUACUAUUGUGGAUCAAAGGACCAUUAAGUGUUCGUUUACCAUCUUCAAAAAUAAAACAUUUAACCAAAUUAUCUUUAAGUUUCAAAUCUGAAUUUCCAUGUGAAUUUUCUCGGAAACCUAGAUCUCUAGAUGAAGUGGCACGCUGGAAAGCUACUGAAUUCCGUUAA